GGGUGAGGCAGCAUGGCGUCGUGUUAUUAUGAUUCUGAGUAGCGGUGCGGGACGGUCUCCUCGACUUCUGAGUGUAUUUAAAAGUAAUUUGUGGCCAUCCUGGUAACCUGAGGGAAGGAUGCCGCCCACAGUGAACCAGGCGCACUCUGUGGAUAGGGAUAAGAGACCUCGGACUGGGGAGAGAAGCCACCCCCAGCAGGAACAGAUACACAUACGAAGAUCUGAUCUGGUGAGUCGGGUCAAGUACUGCAACACUCUGCCGGACAUUCCCUUCGACCCAAAGUUCAUCAAUUACCCCUUUGACUCCAACAGGUACGUGCGAUAUAAGCAGACCUCACUGGAGAAGAACUACAAAUAUGAAGUGCUGACAGAACACGAUCUUGGGGUGACCAUCGACCUCAUCAACCCGGAGGCGUACACCCCUGUCCCUGGCGCACAGCUGCACCCCACGGAUGAGAAGCUGCUGGAGGACGACAUUCUCACUCCACAGGAUGCCAAGAGGUCCCGCCACCACCACGUUAAUGUGUCUUGGCUGCGGCGCACAGAAUACAUCUCCACAGAGCCUACUCGCUUCCAGCCACAGACCAAUGAGAAGAUUGAGGCCACUGUUGGGUUCGCCACACGCAGGAAGAAGGACACAGACGAGAACGUGUACACAGACAGAGAGAGUCAGCUGGCGGCCAUCGAGAAGACCUUCAAGGACGUCAAGAAGAAGCUGGUGCAUCACUACAGCAAGCCCGGCGUCACGGCUGUUGAGGAGUUCCCUGUCUUCCCCGACUUCUCCCUCUGGAAGUACCCAUGUGCCCAGGUUAUCUUCGACUCAGAUCCAGCCCCUGUUGGUCGCCCCAUGCCUGCCCAGCUUGAGGAGAUGUCUCAGGCUAUGAUCAGGGGUGUGAUGGACGAGAGCGGUGAGCAGUUUGUGGCGUACUUCCUGCCGACAGAAGAAACACUGGUCAAGAGGAAGAAGGACCAGGAGGAGGGCAUGGAGUACCAGGAGGAGGAGCAGUACGACUACCUCAUGGCACGCGAGUACAACUGGAACGUCAAGAACAAGGCAUCCAAGGGUUAUGAGGAGAACUACUUCAUGGUGAUGCGUAACGACGGUGUGUACUACAACGAACUGGAGACAAGGGUGCGUCUGAGCAAGAGGCGACUGAAGCAAGGACAGCAGCCCAACAAUUCCCGGCUGGUGGUGCGUCAUCGACCCCUCAACGCACACGAACACAAGACUCAGCGCUUCAGGGAGAGGAUGUUGGAACCCCCUGGCGAAGAGGAGGAGGAGGAGGAGGAGGAAGAGGAAGAAGAGGAGGAAGAGGAGGAGGAAGAAAUGGAGGUGGAUAACAAUGAGAAUGAUAAAGGUUCCCAGGGAGGAGGCACCCCCAUGGAUGACAAUGAGGGGAGUGAGAGGUCAAAGUCAAGAUCCAGAUCAAGGUCACACAGCAAGGAACCAGCACGCAGCAGGUCCGGCUCAAGGUCAGCCUCCAGAUCCAGGUCAAGAUCCAGGUCGAGGUCAGGCUCAAGGUCGAGGUCAAGGUCAAGAUCGAGGAGCAAAUCUAAGUCCAGGUCUCGCUCAAGGUCAUCUUCAGGAGGGUCCCGUGGCUCUCGCUCUGCCUCCCGCUCCCGCUCUCGUUCCCGCUCUCGCUCUCGUUCUCGCUCCCGUUCCCGCUCUCGUUCCCGUUCCCGGUCUCGCUCCAAGUCUGCCUCCCGCUCUCCCUCAGCUCGCUCUGGCUCUGCAUCCCCCGCCAGCUCAGACAGGUCAGCAAGGUCAGCCAGGUCGGGUCGGUCCAGCAGGAGGAGUGGCAGCGGCACCCCCCGGCGUCCCCAGGGCUCCCCUCGGCAUUCUGGCUCUGAGUCACGCUCCUCAGACUCCGGCUCUGGCUCAGACUCUGACUAGUUUUUUAUGUCUUGGAAGUGAAGGUGGUGGUUAGUGUUUACUUUUUACAUUUUUUUUUUUUCCCUCAUCUUUGCUUGAAUUGAUUACGAUUUUUUUUUCUUUUUUUUUUUAGGAUAGGCACUACCCAAGGUGUAAUAAAAAAAGAAGGCCUACUGACAUGCUAGUCCCCACAGCUGAAAGGGAUAUAAUCAGAAAUGACAGGAUGUGUGUUAAAAUCUCCCUCGUGAAAGAGUUCAAGUCAGGAAAUUGUUUAUGACCUGAAAUUAAGGCCUUGUAAUUAUCAAAUUUUAUAUUCACUGUAGCACUUCUGACAGGAUAACUAAGAGUGUGGAUGCGUGUUGUGUGUAUGAGUGUGUGGUGGUUUGUGUGGGCCAAUACGUGGGAUAGCCGGCCUGAUUCAGUACAUGAGACCGUGUUCUGAAACACUUGAGUGCUGCCCCCACACUGCAUUCAAAAGGCUCUUGUUGAAGCUCCACAUGUGUUUUAGGUGUUUUUUCUUUAUGUUCUAGUGACAGAUUAACAAAAAUACUACAUUGCUAAGAAGAAAAAUGCUCUUGAGGAUCUUGAUUUUCUCUGGGCUUUGAAAGUAGCAGUUGUGGUGAGAGGGCAAAGCAUUAAUGAUAAUAUUAUUAUUAUUAUUAUUAUUAUUAUUGUUAUUGUUAUUAUGAUUUGCUUAAUGUAUGUGCUUGUAAGAGAAAUCUUUACAGAAAUGAAAAAGAAAGGCAUAAGAUUUUUUUGACAAAUUUAUGUAAUAUAGCUACACAAAAUAAACAUUUCCAUACUCCA